GCAUGUUUACAUGAUCGAAUCAGCUGAUCCAUGUCACGUAGUCCUAGAUUGAAGUUAUUUCACGCGUCUCUUCUAUGAAAUAUCGAGGAACAGAGCACAGGACUGUCAUAGAUGAUUAACCUGCACCUGCGGCAAGCACGAUGGAGAUUCAUUUUAUUAUUGAAGAAAUCGCCAGUACUUCCUGACAUAGUGUGGCUGCAGGUCCGUGGUUUGUCCUCAGCAGAAGUUGCCACUGCCCUGCGACCUUUCUACUUUCUUGUCCACCCAGACUUGUUUUGCCAGCAUCCACGAGCCCAGCACAUCAAUGACUCUUCCCUCAAGCUCCUGAACAACCACCUUGACCUGCUCAUCAAGGACCAAAAGCCAAGCCCCAUCAGUCUGCAGUUCUAUGUCAGAAACAAGAAUUUGGAAGGCAACCUUCACACAGAUUGACCUUUGUCUCAACAAGCCAUCACUGCGAGACACCGUCCAUGGGAUUCUCAGUGUCUUCCAUCUCCCCACCAAAUAUGUGGACAGCCUCCCUGAACAAUCCCGCAGGCCAGACAGGAAAAUCAAGUGGUCUCGCUCCUUCUAUGAUGCUACUGGUGUCUUCAACCCAGAGGAAGAGUUUUCCACUGCUCGGAAAAAGGAGGAUCUAUAUUCAUGGCUCAUCAAGAACAUGGGAGAAGCUGAGAAGCGACUGGCAGUGAGUGAGCCCAUCCGGCAAGAUAUUGUGAAUCUUCAGGCAGGGCUGAUAGAGGAGCUGGGGCUGACGAAGCUCACCUGGCAGAGAGGUCUGGGCACUACACACCUACGAGGAUGUCUACAGGGACUUCGCUCCUUGAUGAUGCACCAUCAGGAGGUGAAAGACAUCCUGAAAGGCAGGGCAAUUCACUUUGGCAAUGAGACAGGUGUGAGCUUUGAAGGUGGCGUCGUCCUCAGCACAUCAGAAGUUCGGAACCAGUGGCUGAAGCUGAUUGUCAAGCUUCCUGAGCAAGAUGCCGUCCUCCAGCGAAUACCAGGCAUGCAGAAGGCUGUCUCUAAUGCUUUAAGGGAUAUCAAAAUUACACACAGAAAGUACCAGUCGUAUGUGCUUUUAGAAAACUACAUCCAGCACCUGCGUCGUCUAGUCACAGCACUGGGAGACUACAGGGGUCGUGAUGCCUUUCCCAAGACCUGGCCAGAGUCCCUAUCUUCCCUGGAGCUUGUGGUGGAGUCAGCUGCAGGACCUCUGAUGUUGUCUCCUACGGGUCAGAUUUUGGCCCCUUCCUCCUGUCCUCCUUGGUUGUUGGUUAAUUUCAUCACAGAGAACAUGGAUCAAGCUGAGAAAACAAUCAAUGACUACCACAGCAUCAGGGACCGAGAGAAACAGUUAUAUGAACAGUGUAAGAAUGAGCUUGGCCUGGAGUUUCUGGAGAAGGAUGACUCAGUGAUGCCAGCUAUGAUGAUACAGUGCCUCGAGCGCCUCCUGAAGGACGCCUACCGCCUGUCCCCAUUGCUUACUGGUGCAAGACUUUGGGUGACACACUACUAUGCUGUCAUGCUGGAUGGAGAAGUGUGUAUACCAUGGGAGUGGAGCUAUGGGUAAGAGACUGAGAGGUGGAACAAACUUGCUACCAGGGUAAUCCUUAAUUUUUCAUUGUGUUCUUUGUUGAUUGCAAAGAUUUAGGUUUGAUAACUUUAAACGAAAGAUGCUGCACUUGCUGGUGUCAAACAAAUAGAAGUAAAGACCAAGACAGUUCCAUAAGCAGAGUUUGUGUUGUUCUGGUUUUGUUGUUGCUUCUGAGUCAUCAAUGCGUUUUUUUUUUUUUUUCUUUUUUUUUUUUUUUGCAUUCCACACUCUCUGAUGUUCCAUUCCCUCAGGGAAACUUCCUCUGCAAUAUGGCUCCAGCAGUAGUUUUUUAAUGAAGAAGGGUUCUGGCCAAAGACAGCAAAAAAAGGCUAAAUGUAAAAAAGAAGGCCCACUUCUUCUGUUAUGAAGUUGUGAUAUCUUCUACUUAGAAAACAUGGCAUUUUCACUGCACAAAAAUGUACCCAAGCUUUUAGUUUUCUGAGUUUAGAAGGAAGUAAGCAGUGUACAUAUGUGCAUGGUUAUAAUAUGGAGCUCUGCCAAUAUCACUCAAUUCCAUUAGAAGCAUUGUACCAAACUCAUUCAUAAGCUGUUACCCAAGAAAAGAACAAGAAAAUGAAAGUACAUAUUUAUUUGAUAUAUGGUAGUUCUGACAAGAGGACAACAAUCACAUUUUUGUAUAUAGUACCAUGUAGAAUGCCUUAAGACAUUUACUUUCUGUGGAAGAAUUUAUUCAGGUGUAAAGAUUAAUUAUUGCAUACACUACAUGCAUCAAUUUACAUACAGACUUAUUAUGUUAAGCAAAAUAUGGGAACAAUUUUUUUCCUUUUUAUAAUUUCUCAAGAAAAAUAGUGUCACAGUUAAUUUAUUUAGGGAAUGGCAGUGCUGGUGUGCAAAAAUAUAUAGAGAGAGGGAUAGCUAUAUGUAUAUACAUACAUAUUAAAGUCAUAUAAGAUCCAUGAGUUAAUUCAUGGAAAGACGUGGCUCAGUGGUGUAGUGGUUCAUGCUGCCGGCUCACAACUGAGAAUCCUGGUUGUGCAGAGAUAGCUUGUGCUCAGUCUUAAUUUGUGAGUCAUAAAGGCAGCAGUCAGAUAAAUAGCUAUACAGUUUGCAAUGAAUCAGGUGCUGCUUUUAUUGACAAAUGUAGUUAAUCUGUUAUUUACAAACUUAUAAAUUCUGGACAAUUGUGUUGAAAGAGACAUUUUUAGACAUUUUAUGGUGCUAUAGACAUUAAGUAAAGUGUGUGUGUGUGUGUGUGUGUGUGUGUGUGUGUGUGUGUGUGUGUGUGUGUGUGUGUGUGUGUGUGUGUGUGUGUGUG